AUGCUGCUUCACCAUUGCCCAGAAUACCCUCGCGGUGCCAAGCGAGACCUGAAGAUCAUGGGCGCGAGAGCUCCCAGCAUUGUGAAUCUUCACCCAGAACUUUCGUCAUUGGCGGAGAAGCUCGUAUGUAGGAGGUGGAAUAGGAAUGAGCCAGCGCGAACGGCCCUCGUGACCUGUAUUGUGGAACCUUGGGGAGCUUGUGCCGAUCCUUUCGCAGCUGAAGAUGCUGAGAAGCGGCGCAAGAUGCACAAGGAGAGCCACAAACGCCAGACAAAAGCUGGCCUUGUUGGUGUCUUGGUUCGCCAGAACACAAUUAUGCGGCUCCUGCGAUGGGCCUCCAAGAGCGAGCUACACACCCUCCUCGUCCGCCAGCUCGGAUACCGUAACGGCGGACCAUGGCUCAGAAUCGGCGUGAUUGGUCGCGAUUUCGACGCUACACCACAACAAGCUGGGAAUUCGGAGCUGGAAGGCGGGAACUGUGCUCGGAAGAGAAGAUGAAGUUUCUAUCCGGUGAUCGAGCAUUAUUGAAACGGAAUAUUGAUGGGUAUCGGCGUUCCAAAUUGACUCUCAUGGGGUAGACUGGAGGAGUUCCUUGGGUUGUGGGUCUUCUCGAGGGUUGCGCCACGUAGUCGGUCGUUGAGCAGAUUGCUCUUGACAUGGGACUCAUAGAUACCCUCUCUUAGUAAGUAGUCUCUUCCCAUGAUUGAUUGCGCUUUAAUGCCUCGGUAAUCUUCGUAUCGGUGCUCCUUAUA